UUUCUCUCUUUCUUCUUCGUCCUCCUUUGUUCUCCUUUCUCUCUUUCCAUCGGCACCGAACCGAAACAACAAAGAACGAGGAAAUACAAAUAAGCCCACAAGAGAGAGACGUAGAUGGAGAGAUAAAGGUCAAAGCUUUAUUCUUUUUCCUCUCUCUUCCUAGAAGCAGAGAUCACUGUUAUCAAACAAUCAACAAUGCCUUCCUUGAAGAGCUUCUCCGCCGCCGAGGAAGAAGAUGACCAACUGGGUCGGAACUCAGAAGCUGAAAGAUUCAAUCCUGAAGCUGUGGAGAAAGAAGAAGAUCCAGACAAAAUGGAUGAGAAGGACGAAAGUGGAGAUGAGGAAGACGACGUGAAACGUGACCAAGUAGAAGCAGAGGAUGAGGAAGCGUUAGGAGAAGAAGAAGUUUCAGAUUCUAAGGAAAGAAGUCAAUCUUCUUCAGCAGGAGAGUUAUCAGAAUCAGAGUAACAAUUCUUUUCCCUUUCGACAUUUUCUGAUGAUUGGUUUCACUGUUGUGUUUGAUAGGUUUUAAGCGGAACAUGUGGUCUCUGAUGUCCUCAGUGUUUUGUUUUCAUUGAUCCGAUGCAUUGUUUGGUUCUUGCUUGCAUGUUAUUGAUACUGUUGUGUUUAAAUGCCGAGGAUUGAUCUGUGUUGAUUAGUCUCUUUUUAGCUUAACAUAAGUUUUUGACUGAGACAGACUUCUUAUAGUAGGCAACACAGUAGUUGGUGAUCUUUGUUAUUUGAUAAAGUCUUGACUUCCCUUGCAGAUAUAUGGUUGUUGAUCUAGCGGAUAUCUGUAAGGACGUGCAAUGCUCGAUAUGUUUAGGGAUUAUAAGGAAAACAAGGACUGUGAUGGAAUGUCUCCACCGGUUUUGCCGAGAGUGCAUUGAUAAGUCAAUGAGAUUGGGGAACAAUGAGUGUCCUACUUGCAGAAAACAUUGUGCAAGCCGACGUUCUUUAAGAGACGACCCAAACUUUGAUGCCUUAAUAGCAGCUUUAUUCAAAAAUAUUGAUAAAUUUGAGGAGGAGGAAUUGAAUUUUCGUCAAGAUGAUGAAGCUCGUAAUAAGCAGAUUCAAGCAUCUAUAGCUCAAGUAUCGCAACGACAAUCUAAGGCCCUUGUAAAAAGAAAGUCUGUUGGUAAAGGCACAGCGAUCUUAUCGAGAUCACGACGUAGUGGUGGCGGCUCCAGAAGAAGAAGGAACUGCAGAAACAUUGAACAGGAUACAUCAGAAGCCAAUGAUGAUGAUGAUCAAAACAAAAGAGGCAAAGAUUCUUCUUCAGAUGAGCCUUGUGAGAGGCAACGAAAAAAGCGUUCAGCAACUCAGCCUUCUUCUUCAAAUGCAAACAACAACGAUAACUGCGCAGGUAAUGGCACAGAGCAGACGCAUCAGAGGGACAGCAGAGUAAUAUCACCUGUGCUUGUGUGGAACUCGGAACUAAUUGCAUGGGGAAGAGGCGGUACAAGGAGUAACACAAGGCAAGGAAAUAAUAACCAAGGAGCUAUUAGUAAGAGAAAUGCUCGCUUGAAAAGACUUGUGGAAUAUCUCGGGAGCUUAGAGGGUAAUAGUGUCGAGUUGGAUAUUCAUCUUAAGCUUGUCUCGCUGGAUACAGAAGGUUUACUAAACUUACAUGAGCCAUAUCUUUGUUUCCGGCCCACUUUGCUAGUUAAACAACUCCGCGAAUAUGUGGCACGCCAUUUAAAAUUGAAGGCUGAAGAGGUUGAAUUGUUGGUGUCUAAAGAUGGGGAUACGGUCAUUGGGAAUAAGACCUCAACAGAGAAGAUGCAAAGCCUGCAAGAUGAUGAGACCGUGGCAAAGCUAAAAGUUGAUUGCAUUUCGAGCAAUGGAUAUAUGAUUGUAGUGUACCGGAGAAAGCAAAUCGCGUAGAAGAGGUUGAAGCAAGUAAUUCAAACAGUGUGAAUGAAUUAGACUGAUAUGCUCGAGCUUGCUUUCUUAGUCGUGGUUUUAAGACACAAACAUAAAACAUGUUUUAUUGAAAAGUAUUUUUUUUCAGUUUAAUAAACUUGAAUCAGGAUACAUAAGACAAUGUACUA